AUGUCCACGAAGGCAGAGCAGUUUGCCUCUAAGAUACGAUACUUGCAAGAGUAUCACAACCGUGUGCAACACAAUAUUUACCCAGUGCCCUCUGGAACAGACAUUGCAAACACACUGAAAUACUUUUCCCAAACCCUGCUCAGCAUUCUGUCCCGCACAGGCAGGAAGGAGAACCAGGAAGCUUCCAAUUUGGCCGUGCCCAUGACCAUGUGUCUUUUUCCUGUGCCAUUCCCACUCACCCCAUCUCUAAGACCACAAGUCAGUUCCAUCAACCCUACAGUUACUCGCUCCCUCCUUUACAGCGUUCUGCGCGAUGCCCCGUCAGACCGCGGGGGGCAGGGGCAGCAGAGUCGGGACGCUCAGCUCUCAGAGUACCCCUCUCUGGACUAUCAGGGCCUCUAUGUGACCCUCGUGACCCUGCUUGACCUGGUGCCCCUGCUGCAGCACGGUCAGCAUGAUCUUGGACAGUCCAUAUUUUAUACAACAACUUGCCUCCUGCCCUUUCUCAGUGAUGAUAUUCUCAGCACUUUGCCCUAUACUAUGAUCUCCACUUUAGCCACUUUCCCCCCUUUCCUCCACAAAGACAUCAUUGAGUACCUGAGCACAUCUUUCCUCCCAAUGGCUAUAUUGGGCUCCACUCGAAGGGAAGGAGGUGUCCCAGCCUAUGUAAAUCUGUCUGCUUCCUCUAUGCUCAUGAUUGCAAUGCAGUACACCACAAACCCAGUGUAUCACUGUCAAUUGUUGGAGUGUCUGAUGAAGCACAAACAGGAAGUGUGGAAGGACCUUCUUUACGUCAUAUCAUACGGACCAUCCCAAGUAAAACCUCCUGCCGUGCAGAUGCUGUUUCAUUACUGGCCCAACCUGAAGCCCCCCGGAGCCAUCAGUGAAUACAGAGGGCUGCAGUACACCGCCUGGAAUCCCAUCCACUGUCAACACAUCGAGUGCCACAACGCCAUCAAUAAACCUGCUGUCAAGAUGUGUAUAGAUCCCACUCUUUCUGUUGCCCUGGGAGACAAGCCCCCUCCUCUUUAUAUAUGUGAGGAGUGCAGCCAGAGGAUAGCAGGAGACCACCCUGAAUGGCUUGUUGAUGUUCUCCUGCCCCAAGCAGAGAUAUCAGCCAUUUGUCAAAAGAAGAACUGUAGCUCUCAUGUUAGGCGGGCUGUGGUCACCUGCUUCUCGGCUGGUUGCUGUGGGCGCCAUGGCAACCGGCCUGUCCGCUACUGCAAGCGUUGCCAUGUCAACCACCACAGCAGUGAGGUGGGGGCUGCGGCGGAGACCCAUCUGUACCAGACCUCGCCCCCUCCCAUCAACACACGGGAGUGCGGAGCGGAGGAGCUGGUUUGCACAGUGGAAGCGGUUAUAAGCCUUCUGAAGGAGGCAGAGAUUCACGCAGAACAGCGAGAGUUUGAGAUGAACCGACGCCGUCAGAUGGGCCUGUCCGCCUCCCACCACUCCCUGGACAACAUUGAGUUUGAUAACAAGGAGGACGACCAGCAUGACCAGCGCCUCCUCAGUCAGUUCGGCAUCUGGUUCCUGGUGAGCCUGUGCACCCCCAAUGAGAACACACCUACGGAGAGCCUGGCCCGGCUGGUCAGCAUGGUCUUCCAGUGGUUUCACUCCACUGCCUACAUGAUGGAUGAUGAGGUUGGAAGCCUGGUGGAAAAGCUGAAGCCUCAGUUUGUCACCAAGUGGCUGAAGACGGUGUGUGAAGUGCGCUUCGACGUCAUGGUCAUGUGUCUGCUGCCCAAACCGGUGGAAUUUGCCAGGGUGGGAGGCUACUGGGACAAGUCAUGUAGCACAGUGACCCAGUUGAAGGAGGGUCUGAACCGCAUCCUGUGUCUGAUACCUUACAACGUCAUCAGUCAGCCGCUGUGGGAGUGUUUUAUGCCCGAGUGGCUGGAGGCCAUCCGCACUGAGGUGCCCGACAACCAACUCAAAGAGUUCCGGGAAGUUCUCAGUAAAAUGUUUGAUAUUGAGCUGUGCCCGCUGCCUUUCUCCAUGGAAGAAAUGUUUGGCUUCAUCAGCUGCAGAUUCUCUGGCUACCCAGCGUCUGUGCAAGAGCAGGCUCUGCUGUGGCUGCAUGUGCUGUCGGAGCUGGACAUCGUGGUGCCUCUCCAGCUACUGAUCGGGAUGUUCUCCGAUGGAGUGAACUCUUUGAAGGAGCUGGCCAAUCAGAGGAAGACACGUGCCUCAGAUCUGACUGGCAACACUGGGGCUCGCAGGGUGAGUGUGGUGUCAGAUCCAGGACGCCGUGGGCAGCACAACACGCUCAGCCCGUUCCCCAGCCCCUUCAGGAGCCCGUUCCGCAGCCCCCUGCGCUGCAGCCCCUUUAAAAACCUGGGUCACGCCGCGGGCCACUGUGCCCUGGAUCUGGAUUGUGAUGAUGACGACAUGAACCUCGGGUGCUUCAUCCUCAUGUUUGACCUCAUCCUGAAGCAGAUGGAGCUCCAGGACGAUGGUGUGAUGCUGGGUCUCGACAGCAGCCUAGGGAAGGAUAUUGUGGGCAUUAUCAACAACGUCUUCCAAGCUCCGUGGGGGGGCUCGCACACCUGCCAGAAGGAUGAGAAGGCCCUGGAGUGUAGCCUGUGCCAAUCCAGCAUCCUGUGCUACCAGCUGGGCUGUGAGCUCCUGGAAAGGUUGACCCCCCGGGAAGAGAUACGCCUGGUGGAACCCACGGACAGUCUGGAGGAAACUUUGCUCCUGCCUCAGAUGGAUUUCUGCAUCGGGGCGGAGAUUGGGAAGGAGGGAGGGGACAACCCAAGUGGAACACAUACUGACAACCCCAGUAACCCCUCUCCUGAUGAUGCAACCAUGAAGAAUAACUCUGACAAGAAAUUCUCCUACCAGCAGCUCCCCGUGUCUCUGAAGCUCAUAUACACCGUCCUGCAGGAAAUGUCCAAGUUUGAGGAGCCUGACAUCUUGUUCAACAUGCUGCACUGUCUGAAGAUCCUGUGUCUCCAUGGAGAGUGUUUGUACCUCGCCAGCAAGGAUCACCCCCAGUUUCUGGCCUACAUCCAGGAGAAGAUGCUCAUCCCGUGUCUGUGGUCCAUGUUGAAGUCAGAGGUUUGCCAGUUAGCCUCCCUGGCUGUACCCCAGCUCCUGCACGCCCUCUCUUUAUCCCACGGGGCUGACAUCUUCUGGAACCUCAUCAACUCAAACUUCAACAGCAAAGACUGGAAAAUACGAUUUGAAGCGGUUGAGAAGGUGGCGGUGCUCUGUCGGUUCCUGGACAUUGGCGCGGUGACGAAAAACCACCUGCUGAAGUAUUCUCUGGCCCACGCGUUCUGCUGCUUCCUGGCAUCUGUGGAGGAUGUAAACCCGGCCGUGGCCACCCGAGCCCGCCUGCUGCUGGACACCAUAAAGAGGCCGGCCCUGCAGGGCCUGUGUCUGUGCCUGGACUUCCAGUUUGACACUGUGGUGAGGGAUCGACCAGUCAUCCUCAGCAAACUCCUGCUGCUGCACUUCCUGAAGAAAGAUAUUCCUGCUCUCAGCUGGGAGUUUUUUGUCAACCGCUUUGAAACCUUAUCUCUGGAGGCCCAGUUACACCUGGACUGCAACAAGGACUUCCCUUUCCCUACAACCAUCACAGCUGUACGAACCAAUGUGGCCAACCUCAGCGACGCGGCAAUGUGGAAGAUUCGUCGGGCCCGUUUUGCCAGGAAUCGGCAGAAGAGUGUGCGCUCGCUCCGUGACAGUGUGAAGGGAGGCCCCGCUGAGAAUAAACGGGCGUUUUCACUCCCAGAGUCACUGUGUAACCGAAUUCGCCAGACGCCGUCCCCCGAGGAUGAUUCUACCAUCAAAGACCUGCUUCCCGAGGACGCCGGCAUAGACCACCAGACGGUUCACCAGCUCAUCAUGGUGCUGAUGAAAUUCAUGGCCAAAGACCAGAGCAGCGCAGAGGCCGACAUCGGCAGUGCCAAGGCUUUCAAUACGGUGAAGCGUCACCUGUAUGUGCUGCUGGGAUACGACCAGCAGGAGGGCUGCUUCAUGAUCGCACCGCAGAAGAUGCGCACCUCCACCUGCUUCAACGCCUUCAUCGCUGGAAUCGCACAAGUGAUGGACUACAACAUCGGUCUGGGGAAGCAGCUGCUCCCUCUUGUGGUCCAGGUGUUGAAGUACUGCACGUGUCCCCAACUGAGACACUAUUUCCAGCAGCCGCCUCGAUGCUCUCUGUGGGCGCUGAAGCCUCACAUCCGACAGAUGUGGCUCAAAGCCCUGCUGGUCAUCCUGUACAAGUACCCUUCCAGAGACAUGGAUGGCAGUAAAAUCGUCCUCCACCUAAUCCACAUCACCAUCAACACACUCAACGCCCAGUAUCACAGCUGUCGUCCCCACGCCACCGCAGGACCCCUCUACAGCGACAACUCCAACAUGAGCCGCUACAGUGAGAAGGAAAAAGAGGAGGACAGUGUAUUUGAUGAGUCAGACGUCCAUGACACUCCAACUGGUGCUGCUAACAAGGAGUCACAAACCUUCUUCGCCCGACUAAAGAGGAUAGGGGGCAGCAAGUCUGUGAAAUACCAGCCGGUGGAGCUGAAUGCCAAAAAAAGUGAAAUUGAGCUGUCAGAGUACCGCGAGGCCAGCGCCCUUCAGGACAGCAUCCUGCACUGUGUGAGGGAGGAGAGCACCAGGAAGAAGCGGCUGCAGGCCAUGCACAAGCAGAAGUCUCUGGACAUCUCCAACACAGACUCCAUCCUCUUCAAUCUGGACGAGCACAGACGCAAGUCAUGCAUCGAUCGCUGCGACAUGCAGGUUCCCCCAGUAAUCCUGCCUCCUUCGUCUGUCACGUCCCACAGCAGACGUCAUGGCAUAGGAUCCUCUGAUGGCUCUUCAGUGCGUGCGGAUGCCAAUGAUGGUGUGGACCGGCGAGGAUCUCGGGGCGGCCACUCAGACAUCUCCAAACCUGUCAUUCCCGAGGUCCGUCUCAGCUGCAUGGAGACCUUCGACGACAAGUUGGACCAGAGCUCCUUGUUGGGGUCAAUUCAGGGAAAAGAGGACCAGGAUCUCAUCGACCUCUCUUCUGACUGCACCUCGAUUCCAGAGAAACACUCUCUGCUCUCGAUGUCCGACAGCGACUCCUUGGUGUUUGAACAACUGCCUCCUCUGAGGAUCGUUGAGAGUGAUGAGGAAUUCGACCUGAACACCCUCCUGAGCUCCAGGUUCAACGGGAGCCCGAAGGUCUCUGCUUCCCCUGCGAGCAGUAGCACCCUCCGCAUGUCUCCAUUGGUUCAGGUGAGUGUGGAGGACUGCUCCAGCGAAAAAAACACCCCAGGCUUUCUGAUGGGAGAGAGCGGCUUGGAAAAGAUGACAAACCGUGUGACUCCCAGCACCUCUUUGGAUCUUCCCGACCGACUGGAUAAUGUCUGCCAUGAAAGCCCCAUGACUCUAAAGCAGAAAAGAGACCUGCUGAGGAAGACCCCGCAUAUCCCUGACACCUCAUUAGACGAGACAUUUGUGGCCCUUGACGAGCUGAGGAUCGGGACAAGUCCCUCUGGUAGGACCAUCUUCUUGGACAUCCCAGAAGACAAAGCAGAGCCUCCGUCCUCACCAGAGAAGAGCAAGAGUACCAGCAACGAUGAGGAAGAUGACCCCAAACCCGACAAUGCAGACGACAAUGAAGAGGCAGAAUUUAAAAUCCAGAUUGUUCCCCGUCAACGGAAGCAGAGGAAGAUAGCGGUCAGCGCCAUCCAAAGGGAAUACCUGGACAUCUCGUUCAACACGUUCGAUAAGCUCGCUGGGGAGCAGGCUACAGAAACAGAUCACAAAGUUCUGUCUACAUUGGAAAAGCCACGAGAAUCUGCCUCAGCCCCAACGCUCGAAGCUGCUAUGCCUGAAACGAGCCAUCGCUCUUCAGUAUCAACUCAGUACCGUCAGGUGAAGCGAGGCUCUCUGGGCGCUCUGACCAUGAGCCAGCUCAUGAAGCGACAGCUGGAGCAUCAAUCCAGCGCUCCACACAACAUCAGCACCUGGGAAACGGGUCCGACGAAAACCAGCCUGCUCUCUGCCCCAAGCACAGUGAGCAUGUUCGUCCCUGCGCCUGAGGAGUUCAUUGACGAGCAGCCUACCACGAUGUCUGAUAGGUGUCGUGACUGUGCGGCUGUGCUGGAGGAGUAUGACGAGGAGACGCUCGGCCUCGCUGUGGUCGUUCUCUCCAUGUUCGUCCACCUCAGCCCCGAUCUGGCUGCUCCAAUGCUCCUCGACAUCAUGCAGUCUGUGGGCAGGUUGGCAUCCAGUGCCAAUUUUUCUGGACAAGCUGAGAGCAUGUUGAUCCCAGGGAAUGUAGCAGGUGUAGCCAAGCAGUUCCUGCGCUGUAUGUUUCACCAGCUGGCCCCGAACGGCAUCCUGCCUCAACUCUUCCAGAGUAACAUUAAAGAUGGAAGUUUUCUGCGAACGCUUGCAUCGUCCCUGAUAGAUUUCAACGAGCUCAGCUCAGUUGCGGCCCUCAACAUGCUACUCGAGGGCUUGAACAACAAGAAGAGUCUGCCGGCAGGGGGCACAAUGCUGCACUGCCUGGAAAACAUCGCCACCUUCAUGGAGGCCCUCCCCAUGGACUCUCCCAGCAACCUGUGGACCACCAUCUGCAACCAGUUCCAGACCUUCCUCACCAAACUGCCCUCCGUGCUCCCUCUGAAGUGCCCCAUGGAUUCCAGCCUGAGGAUUAUCAUUUGUCUGUUGAAAAUCCCGACCACAAACGCAACCCGGAGUCUCCUGGAGCCAUCCUCAAAGUUGCUGAGUUUUGUCAUCCAGUAUGGCAUGUUCAGUCUCUCCUACCUCGUAGAGCUGUGUGGACUGUGUUACAAAGGCUUCAACAAGGAGAGAGAUAAGUUCUACAUGUCCCGCAUUGUGGUGUUAGAGCUUCUGCAGGCUCUCAAGUUCAAGUCUCCUCUGCCAGACACAAACUUGUUACUGCUGGUCCAGUUUGUCUGUGCAGAUAUCGGUACACGUCUGGCAGAAUCCACCAUCAUCCAGAAGCACAUGAUCCUGACGCUGCCGGGGUGCACGACUGCAGCAAUGGAAUGCAUGAGGCAAUACAUAAGCGAGCUGCUGGACUUCAUUGCAGACAUGCACACACUAACCAAACUCAAAAGCCAUAUGAAGGCUUGCUGUCAGCCGCUGCACGAGGACACUUUCGGCGGAAAUCUGAAAGUGGGCUUGGCACAAGUCGCCGCCAUGGAGAUCAGCAAAGGCAAUCACCGUGACAACAAAGCCGUGGUGCGGUAUCUGCCCUGGCUUUAUCAUCCUCCAUCCACCAUGCAACAAGGACCAAAGGAGUUCAUCGAGUGUGUGUCCCACAUCCGCCAGCUGUCCUGGCUCCUUUUGGGCUCUUUGACGCACUGUGCCCUGCACCAGGGCUCCACCUCCUGCAUGCCCAUCCCUCUAGACGCCGGCUCCCACAUCGCAGAUCAUCUCAUCGUCAUCCUCAUUGGUUUCCCAGAGCAGUCUAAGACGUCGGUGCUGCACAUGUGCUCCCUGUUCCACGCCUUCAUGUUUGCCCAGCUGUGGACCAUCUACUGCGAGCAGGGGGCCGCGGCUCCGUCCCUGCAGAACCAGAACCAGACAGAGUUUUCCUCCAGCGCCAUCCUCACCGGCCUAGAGUUCUGGAGUCGGGUUACACCCAGUAUCCUGCAGCUCAUGGCCCACAAUAAAGUUAUGGUGGAGAUGGUGUGUCUUCAUGUCAUCAGUCUGAUGGAAGCCCUCCAGGAGUGUAACUCAACCAUAUUCGUCAAGUUGAUUCCUAUGUGGCUGCCCAUGAUUCAGUCAAACCUCAAGCAUUUAUCUGCAGGGCUUCAGUUGCGUCUCCAGGCCAUCCAGAACAGGGUGAACCACCAGUGUCUGCAGGCCCAGACGGCCGGAGCCCCUCCCUUCGCCCUGCGCAAGUGGCUCCAGUGCACCCAGUUCAAGAUGGCUCAGGUGGAGAUCCAGUCGUCGGAGGCCGCCUCACAGUUCUAUCCUAUGUGA